GAUACUUUAUUUGUUUGUUUACGCUAAUUUGCAGACGUCAACCGUGAGGUAGCACGACCUUCUACACUGUUUGGAUUCGCGUUGAGAUGGUGGGACACCUGAUUGUCCCGUUUUUGUUAGCAUACUUCUCCCUUAUUGAAGAUGUCUUAACUGCAGAAAAUAAUCCAGCAUUCAUUGGCUAUGUAACCGUUAAGGAUAAAAGUCACUUCCGCACAGUUUUCGAGAAGCAAAUCAACAGAUCACCGACCAACCCUUCUGAAUUAUAUUAUGCCAUUCUUGGCCUUCAUUCUCUUGGUGAGAAGAUACCAAAUAUAGAUGCAAUUUGUUCUGCACUAAACAAACCUAUCACGAAUCCAGACUUGGCUUUCUAUGCAAGUGUGGGCCAAAAGAUCUUGGGCUCCGCUAAAUGCAAGGUAUCAAUUCAAGAAGUCGAAAAACUAUCCAAACAGUUGUUGGCUCAAGAUAUAACGAUUGAAAACUUAUAUUUUGUAGUUUCAUCCAUGAAAAAUCUAGGAAUAAAAAUUGAUACUAAUCAGGUUACUGCAACAGUCAACAAACUGAAAGCUAAGGACAACACUCCAACAACGAUAGCUUUUAUUCUUCAAAUUCUUCCACAACUUGGCUUGACUAAGACAGUUAUGGAUGGUUAUGUGUCAGGUAUAAAUGAUAUCCUAGAUCAAGCGGAUGAAGUGAAUGGUAAUCAGCUAUUUUACGAAAAAGGCUUGUAUACAACAUCGUUGGUUGCGAAAGGUAUUGUGGAAUUCGUAAAUGCAUACGGAGAAGUCCCGAAAGCUGUAGAGGGUAAACUAGUCAAAUUGUUCAAUUAUCUUUAUGCACGACGUCAGGUCACAAAUACACGUGCUGCUGCACACAUGGUUGCUGCUUUCAAAGCAUUGGCUGAUAGUACUGUGAUGAUACCUAUUGUCGUUGAACCAUCAGUUAAUAUGAAUGAUGAAUUGAGUUUAGCUAUCCCAUCAGAGUUUUCAGUCGAUCGAAUAAAUCCCAAUCUUAAUUUACGCUUGAAACAUCUAUGGACUGGUGUUUAUAUUAAGCCUAGUGAAUUCACGCUUAAAGCUCAUGGUCUUUAUAAUCUUGUUAACAAGAAAAUUGAUGAAAAUCAAGUUCUAGUUGGACCAGCUGAUCGUGGAGAUUUUAAACAAGAUGAUAAAAACAAUAUAUACCAAGUUUCUUUGCUUCCUGAUCCGAAAUCAACUGCUCCACCGUCACCAGGAUAUUAUGCAUUAGAAAUUAGUGCAAUCAGUAAAAAGGCUGGUGAUCGUCGUAAACUUCUAGGAUUAACUAAUGUCCAGGUUCCUUUGCGAGUAAUUACUGAAGCUAAGGUUGCUCAGACUACUGUAACAAUAAUGGACACUGCUCAUGAACGUCAUAUUGCUGAUAUCAGUUUAACACCUGGUCAAACACAUAAAGCAUCAACAGCUUCCGGUGCUAUCAGCUUAGAUGUUGGCCAACAAAUAACACUAGAUCUACAUCUUACAGACGGUAGUAGCAGUCAAGCCCAGUUGACAGCUCAUCAGGUGUUUGUUCAGUUAACUCAUCAAAAAACUCUACAAGCAAUUACUUAUACAUGCAGUGAAAUAAUUAAAGACAAACAGACUGGAAAGAAAACUUAUCAACUAUUCCUUGAUCCAGAUGCAUCUGCAGCUGAAUUCGACUACCUUUCAGGAGUAUAUAAAGCAGAAUUAAUUGUUGGCGAUUCAUUGAUUAAAACUCCAUUGAUUUGGCAUAUGUUUGAUUUAGAUCUUCAUUUCGUUGGUGAAGCUGGUGAAGAAACCAAGCGUCGUAUUGCUCAAGCUACUGAUGUUUCACGUCAACAAUCAUCAUCACCGGCUGCAUUGAAACGUGCCUCCAAUCCAAAUGCUAUCAUCGGUGCUGGACCGACAUCAGCAAAACCAGAAAUUGAACAUAUGUUCCGUGAACCAGAGAAAAGAGCUCCACCAUUUUUAGCUUUAUCAUUUACUGUUCUGUGUUUACUUCCAUUACUUGGAUUACUUAUUGCUUGGAUGGUUAUCGGCUUCAAUGUGUCCAACUUCAAAAUUUCACUAUCAAAUAUUGUUUUCCAUGCUGGUUUAAUAUCUAUUUGCUACCUCUACUUUGUCUAUUGGUGUCGAUUGGAUAUGUUUACAACUCUGGGUUAUCUGAGUAUAUUAGGUGUACCGACAUUCUUAGCUGGUAAUUCAGUACUUCGAGCACAAGUUAUGGCGAAACAAACCGCCGCUGCUUCUGGCUCUGCUGCUGCUGCUACAAAUGUGAAAAAGUGAUUGAAACACGUGAUGACAAUUUUGCCACUGUCAUUAUUGUCAUUAUCUUCUCUAUCCCGUGUUCAUUUUCUUUUCUUUUUUUCCUUCUUGUGUGUUCAUAUUAGUUUUUAAUAUUUUGUUCAUUUUAAUAAUUGACAGUCGUCAUGGCACUUUUAUGUGCGUGCGUGCACGCGUGCCUGCGUGUGUGUGUAUGCAUAUGAGCUUUUAUAGGCGUUUGUGUGUGUGUGUGUACAAUAAAAAACAAAUACUUAUCGUGUUU